CUCUCUCGUCUUCGCCAUGGCGAUCGUCGACUCCGGGUCGCCUCCGAUCGGUCCGGAUCCGACGGCCUGCACGGUAAUGUUUGGCAAGUCCACAUACCUCGGCCGAUCCCUCGUCUCCGCCCUCAUCAAAUCCGGCGGCUGGGCCGUCCGGGUCGCUGACACCCUCCCUCCUCCCUCUCUCGGCCCGAUCCAGUCAGACCUGGCCGCCUACUUCCACGUCGAUGUCGCCGACCGCUCCAGCCUCAGCUCCGCCGUCGCUGGAUCCGCCGUCGUCUUCCUCGUCGAUCCCCUCCCGCCGUUCCCCUCGCCGCUGGUGGGCGGGGACUUCCCUCGCCUCCACGCUCUCGCCGUCGUCGGCGCCAAGAACGUCGUCGCCGCAUGCCGGGAGGCCGGCGUCCUGCGGCUUGUGUACACCGGGUCGGCUGACGUGGUCUUCGACGGGAAGAACGACAUCCGCGACGCCGACGAGUCUUUGCCUUACCCUCAUAGGUAUGAGGAUCCCCUGAAUGAACUGAGGAUGCAAGUGGAGGUAUUGGUGUUGAGUGCUAACGGAAAGGAUGGUCUGUUGACUUGUGCUUUGCGGUCGGGCAAUAUUUUUGGGCCAGGGGAUCCACAUCUAGUGCCUUUUCUGGUGCAGGAAGCUAGAUCCAAAAGAGCUAAGUUUGUCAUUGGAAGUGGUAAAAACAUGUGUGAUUUAGUUUAUGUGGAAAAUGUGGUGCAUGCCAAUGUUUCUGCAGAACAUGCUCUUAGUGUGGCUCCAGCUUCUGUUGCUGGAAAGCCAUUUUUUAUUACAAAUGACAAACCAGUGAAGCUUUGGGAGUUCAUUUCAAACAUAUUAGAGAAUUUGGGAUAUCGAAGGCCUAGUAUACAUCUUCCUAUCAACCUUGCUAUGAUAGUUAUCUUGCUUGCGAAGCUGGCCGGUGACAAGUUGAAAGUUUGUAGAUUGUCCAAUUCAGUUUUUUCACCUUCCACUGUUUAUUCCCUCUCAUGCUCAAGGACUUUUGAUUGUUCUAAAGCUAAGACACUACUUGGUUACUCACCAAUUGUGUCAUUUCAGGAAGGCAUUGAGUUAACUGUGGAAUCAUUCUCACAAUUGGCAAAAGGCUCAGGCCAUGCACUAGAGCGAGAUUGGACCAUCACAUCAAAGGCGGAUAGAAUGUUAGGCAGUGGAGUAGUUGCUGACAUACUUCUGUGGAGAGAUGAAAAGAAAACUUUUGCUUUGGUACUUUCAUCAUUUGUGCUCUUCUAUUGGUUCUUCCUUUCUGGAAGAACUUUUGUUACAUCUGGUGCUAAAAUCCUGAUGGUGAUUUGUCUCUCGCUUUUUAUCCAAGGAAUUCUACCUACAAAAAUGUUUGGUUCAAAUAUCGAGAAGAUACCUCCCUCUUGCUUUGAAAUCUCAGAAUCAACCAUGAGAGAUGCUUUUUUUGCUCUGGCAUCUUUAUGGAACGAAGGCAUUUCAACAAUGAAGUUACUAGCCCAAGGUGAUGACUGGAGUAUCUUCUUCAAGGCAGCAGGUUGUCUCUAUUUAGUCAAGUUGUUGCUGCAUAUUCCUAUCUCAGUAUUGGUUGGCCUUGGAUUGGCAUCUCUGUUUACUGUCUUCAUUGUAUAUGAACAAUGUGAGGAGGAAGUUGACGAUCUAAAAAAAGCAGCUGUUGUUGGACUUGAAAAAUUAAAGGAACCAUUGAUUGCCAGACUUCCAAAGUUCUUGAUAAAUAAUUCCUGAUAAAGAAAACAGUGGUCAGGAUAAGAAUCAGGCCUUCAAUAAAUUAUGUUAAGGCUUGAUGUUUUCCUCAUCCUAAGCAAUCAGCUCUUGUUUCUUCGGAGUCACAACAAAUACCGUACCAAAAGAUGUGACUUGCUGUUUAACAAGGUAUUAUGGAUUUAGAAGUCAUUUUCUCUUCACAUCAUGUAUGUCGAGUUUACACGCUCAGUUAGCUUCCAUAUGUUGCCAUGUCAGUCGAAAUGAGAGAGAGGGUGUUCAUCUUUAUAUGGGUGUGAUGGAAGAGUAGUCGCUUGAGGUCUCAUCUAUGUAAAACUUGAUUGAUCUGAACACUGUCUACAGAUUGCUUCAAGUGAUCAGAGUUAAAAUACGAGUACAUGGAAAUGAAAGCAUGAUGUUUUUCUUGAU